AUGGCAUCCACGGAGCAGGCGAGCAUUCCGUGGAAGGAGGAGGCUCAACGACGGCGCAUCGAAAAUGAACGUGCGCGGGAUGUGGAACGCAAGUGGGAGCACCUAAUCAAUACGGAAGGAGAGGGUGCGCCGGAGUGGAUGCGCGAAACAGCGCUGAAGAAGAAGGCGGCGAGAGACAAGCUGACUGCCAGUGGUAUACCCCCGUGGAUGCAAGAAGUCCAGCGCAGAAAUACCGGUCUAACCAAGAAAAUGCACGAAGCCCAAGCAAUCGGAGACAUCAGUCCGUCGGAACGAGCUCCUCAGCCAGAACCAACGACGACGGCUGAGUACACAAAAGAAGAGGAGGGUGUAGAAGCCAUCUCCUACACAGAGGCGCAAGAGCCAAAUAGAGGCGAGGAGGACGAGGGGAAUUAA